AGGAAAAUCCUUUGGACGCUGUGUGGAGGAUGAAGAGUGGAAAGAAACCGGAGGCAGCAAGACCAAUUAAGAGGCCACUGCAGUAAUACAGUGAAGAGGUGAAAUGAUGAUGGCUGUGUGAAUGGAGAGAAGGGACAGGUGAAAGGAAUUGUGGAGAGAGAAAUGACAAGAUUUUGCAGCUGAUUAACUAUUUGGAAUUUCCCCAAUAUUCUCUAGCUCUUGCCUGAGACAUCUGAGCUGGGCAGUUCUGCAACUAUUGAUGGAAGGAGACGAUGGCCCUGGGCAGGCUUUCCCAGAGAUCUGAAAGUGCCCUGAUUGAGGACUGGGUCACACUGCAUUCAGGGCAUCAUUUUGAUUGGAGAGGCAAUGCCUUUAGGAGGGUGAUGAAGAAUAAAGUUAGGGAGUUCCAUCUGCUCCCCAGGUUUCUGCCUAUGCCUCUAAGAGGAACACAGAGAACCAGGCAAUGGCAGCUGAGCUCCUAUCAUCCAGGCCUCAGGCAUUGGUGACCUUUGAGGAUGUGGCUGUAUACCUCACCCAGCAAGAAUGGGCCUACCUGGGCCCUGCUCAGAGAUGUCUGUACAGGGAUGUGAUGCUGGAGACCUACAGAAAUGUGAUUUCAUUGGGAUUUCCAGUGUCCAAACCUGAUGUGAUAUCCCAGCUGGAACGAGGGGAAGAACCAUGGGUCCUGGGCAUGAAGGUAGCCGAGAAGAGAAAGAUUCUGAGAGGCAACUGUUCAGAUUGUGAGACCAGCAACCAGAAAAAGGAAUUUAUUUCCACACAAGAAAUAUCUGAAAAAAAGGGAUCUAAGAAGGCAAUAUUGGAAAUACUCAAAGGAAAUAUUACCCAGCCAUCCGAAGUUCAUAAUGCCUGUGAAAUCAAAGACAGUUUAAUGAGAUCUCAGAGGAAUGCUGCUGGGAAAAAACUCAAGAAAUUACUUUUCAGACAACAAAGUGUCAAGCCAAUGACAGUGAUCCAUAGGAACAUUAGCCCAGGACAAGUGCCCUCCAAAUUUAGUGAAUCUGAGAGAGGCUUCAGUAUGAACUCAAAGCAUAUUAAACAGCAGAGUAUUUUUACAGGAGAAAAGCCUCAUCAAUAUGAUACAAAUGGACAAAGUUCCCAACAGAGUACUAACCAGAGGGUCCAUAUAGGAGAGAAAUACUAUAAAUCAAACAUAUGUGAAAAAACAUUCAGGCAGAACUCAGGCCUGAUUAAACAGCAGAGUAUUCAAAAUGGACAAAAAUCCUAUGAAUGUAAUGAAUGUGGGAAAAUCUUCUCUGUAAGCUCAUCCCUUAUUCAGCACCAGAGAAUUCACACAGAAGAAAAACCUUAUGAGUGUAAAGAAUGUGGAAAGACUUUCAACCGUAGUUCUAAUCUUAACCAACACCAGAAAAUUCACACUGGAAAGAAACCCUAUCAGUGUAGUGAAUGUGGCAAAGCCUUCUAUCAGCAGUCUAACCUUAUUCAGCAUCAAAGAAUUCACACGGGAGAGAAACUUUAUAAAUGUAUGGAAUGUGGAAAAGCCUUAAGUACACGAUCUUCUCUUAUACAACACCAGAGAAUUCACACUGGCGAGAAACCCUAUGAAUGUAAUGAAUGUGGGAAAACCUUCAUUCGGGGCUCUAACUUCAUUGAUCACCAGAGAAUUCACACUGGAGAGAAACCCUAUGAGUGUAGUGAAUGUGGUAAAGCCUUCUCUCAGCACUGUAACCUUAUACAACACCAGAGAAUUCACAGUGGAGAGAAACCCUAUGAAUGCAGUGUAUGUGGGAGAGCUUUUGUUGCACUUGCAAAUUUGAUUCAACAUCAUAGAAUUCAUACUGGAGAAAAACCCUAUGAAUGUCACGACUGUGGGAAAACCUUUCGUGCAAGCUCAUACUUUAUUCAGCAUUGUAAAAUACACACUUAAGCUUAUACAUGCUAGUAGGAAAGCAUUUCAUGAACAUUCAUCUCUUACUCAAAGUGAAGAGAAUUCAAGAAAUAUUUAUUAAGCAUCAACUGUUGGUAAGGCUCUGUGGUAGGUGCUAGGGAUAUGAAAAACAGAAAACACAAGGGGAACUUACAUUAUAUUGGGAGGGUGCAUUAUAUUCAUAGAUAAGGAAUUACAAAAUAUUAAAGGUAGGGAAGACAUUAACAACCUUCGCAUCCCCAGAGCUUAGCAUAUCCCUCACACACAGCAAGACUUGAAUAAUGCUUGUUGACUGACCAAAACCCUCCCCCUCCCCAAAAAAAUUCAUCUUUAUUUAUGAGUGUAUGGACCUUCACUAAGAGUUGUGAUCUUCACAAAUAUCAGCUAGUUUAUACUAUGGACACAGAAAAACUGGUAAAGAAAAUCUCCCUUCAGAGACCUUGUGUGUGUAUCCAGUAUUAAAGCUUUAUGUCAGAGCUCUUCACUUUAUAAAUUUUAAGAGAAUCAAUAUGAGAGAAAAAGUGAGUGGAAUGAAUGAAGUAUCAGAUCAAAAUAUUAAAUACUUUUGUAUUUGAAUCAUUGUCACAUAGCAUGAACAAAGAGAAUGACUUCCCUGUCCAACGGGAUGG